AAAAGUUCGAUUAGCGUUCGUAAGAGUUUCUUUCAGUUUCCGCGUUCGUUGACAAGGAACCAGGUGAAAACAGAUCGACAAGGAAGAGAAGUGUUGAAAUAUUUUGGUUUUCGUGCGUCGAGAAAUUUACAAAAUUGGUAUUGCUGUUGCUGAUGUACAAGAAUGAAGGUUGCAUUGGUUUGUUUGAUAAUUCUGUAUAUAGUGAGAGAGGUAAGGGUUGGUAAGAUAUGAACGUCAUGUUGUUUUACAGUCUUCAUCAGAGCUACGAUAUAAUUAUAGGAAGAUAUCAGUCAUGCAGUGAGAAUUAAUUGCUCCGUUCUGGUUCAGAUGUGACAGAUGGCAUCUUUUUACUCCCCGUCAUUAGGAUUUUGUCAGUGAGGGCAUUGAUUUUUCCAAAUAAGCGUAUAAUUAUGUUUCCUGGUGACAAAACAGUACAGGGAUCGAAACAAACUAUGACGUAGCAAUAUAAAGCUUAUUUGGGAGUCUUCAGAGACUUCAGAGCUACGAGUAAGGGAGUAAUUGCAGAAUACCCUGCCACUUCGAAGCUGUAUCCCUGAAGAAAGAGCUGGAUGUGUGGAUACGCAGUUAUCCCUUUUAUGCGCUUUUCUAUCUUCAAUAAUAUCUUUAAGAACGACAAAAUUAAUAGUCAUACUGUAUGCUUUUUAUGCUGUCUUAAGUGUAUAUCAAAGUGGAUACGCGGCUACGUAGUGACUACUAGAAAUAACCAAAGGUUACGGAGGGUAGGCAGCAACGAUCGAGGGGCAAAACGCUUUUGCUCCAGUGCUGUGCUUUGUGUAAGUUUCACCUGACAGUUGGUCAAAACUGCACGCGUGAUCAAAAUACGAGUGAUAGAAGGUCCAAAUGUGCAUGAUCAAAUUGCGUUCUGUGCAUUUCAUUCAGUGUCAGAGUAUCUGCGUAUCCACCUAUUUUUGUGGCAGGGUAUUCUGCAGUUAAGCCACGAAUAAUUUUGCAGAAUGCCAAGUAGCCGGGGAAGGUCAAACGACUUUGAAGUUUAGUGAUUAAGGUUAGGAAACUGAGUGAAUCAGGUUUCAUUUAGGGUCAUUAUGCUGCGAAAAACUUACCUGAAACUUGAUUCACUUAGUUUCCUUACUCUAACUGAGCCUGGUGGAUAAUUGUUUGGUGAGUAUAAUAAUUAUACUGAGUAAUUAUUACUCAGGUGAUUAUCAGAGACAAAAGGGAAACCCACGGUUCAAAUUUUUAUUUUGUUGAUUUACACCAUAAUGUUUUAUGCACUUAACAAAGAAGCUACGUGAUCGAAACAAAAAGACUUUUUUAAGAAACUAUGCUUGUGUGAACUUGAGUUUGUAUAUGUGAACGUGUGUAUUAAUCCUGAGUAGGUAAAUGUUGUUACUGUUUGUUUGUAACUGUGCCUGGUGGUGGACUGAAGGUAGCCGGUCAAGUUGCCGGAAAGUCAUUUCGCCCGAAGUAUUGUCACCCGAAACCUGAGUUAAGUGACCCGAAAUAAUGCUGAGUCAUGUCACCUGAAUUUUAUCAGGUGAAGUGCACAGAGAAACAAAGUUUUUUUUGUUAAAAUUAAUAACGGCAGUGUGUGAAAUAUGUCUUGUUCAAACCAUCAUGAGACAAAACAGGACAAAUGAAUGUGUAACAUACCUCAUUCUUUAAGCGAUGAUGAGACGAAACAAGUGGGAUAUUAUGUGUAAUAUAUAUUACUCUUUAAUCAUUGAUGAACAACGAAACAAGCAUGAUAAAUGAGUAUUAUUAUUCAUUCAAAAUAUUUCCCCAAUUCUGAUUGGCUAAAAGCACAUGCAUAAUUCACCAUAACCAGUUACUGAUGACCAUGCAAAUUUGGAAGAAUUUUGUGUUUAACGAGGAAAUGACGUCAAAAAUGCAGCGUUCUUGCAGGUUUAUGCACAGUUAGCCGAGACGACCUGGGGACGAGGUCGAGUUGUUUUGGUUGUGAAAACAAAAAAAGGCGGACAUUUCACUCAUUUCAAAGAGAGAGAACUAGGCAAAAUUAUAGCUAAAAACAUGGCAAGAGCAGCAAGAACACAACUCGAAGGGUGACAUCUGCUGUUUGGGGAAUAUUUGCGGAGCUGAACAACCCUAAACGUGCACUUAGUCGAAGGUGAACUUUAACAUCGAUGGAGGUAAGCAUGUUUUAGCUUUGUUUUUAAACUAGGAAUUAUUUUGAAUGAGUUCUUGGAGGGUGUUAUCUGCCUCGGCCUACAGCCUCAACGGAUAACACCCUCCUCGAUCUCCAUAUUUCGAUCUUCAUAAGAUACUCAGCCUCAUUCAUUAAUUGUCAAAUAUAUCUCGUUCUUUAAUCUUCGAUGAGACAAAACAAGCAUGAUAAAUGUGUAAUAGGGAUGCUAGGAUGUUGUUGAGCAUGAUAAAAUUUUGAGCCACAUAACUCAGUAUUUUGAGCGACUCGACUAAAAAUUUUGGGUGACAUAACUUUGGGCAAGGUGACUUUCAGGCAACUUGACUUACCAUUUUUAACUAUCUAUUUGGGCAGUUCCUUGCAUGGGCCCUUAUAGUGGUCUCGUUUGUGCUUGCCGCUUUGGGUAUAAUACCUUUUUUUUUCUUCUAUCUCAUUUUUCAUUUCUUUUGUAAAAAGUUUUUACAUAAUUAUGUAUAUAUUUAUAAAGUUAAAAUGAAACGCAAUAAAACUGUUGAAAAAUUUAAAAAAAUAAAUAAUAAUAACAAUAAUCAUAAUAAACCAGACAAAACACUGACCCAGUGCAUGGACUAUCCCCAUGGACUACACUGCCGAAGUAUAGUGAUUAGGGUUAGGAAACUGAGUGAUGAAUCAGGUUAUAGGGUCAUUAUACUGGGAAAACUGACCUAAAACUUGACUCACUCAGUUUUCAAAUCCUAAUCACUAAACUAAUUCAGCGGCAUAGUCCAUUUCAGGGUAGUCCAUAUGGGAAGUCCACGGGGAUAGGCCAUGGACCGGGUGAAAAAGAAGAAACUUUUGCUAACUUUGAGUUAAUUUAUUUUUUUGUUGGCGGUUUACUCACUCUCAUAAGGUAAAGGGCUUCAAAGCAAUCAAAACUUUCAACAGUUUGCACUCAAUCUCGUACAGAGUCAGCACUGCAGAGAUCACUAAAAUCAUCCUGCUAGGAGUGCAUUUAACAACAAAUGAUAUAUUGCAAUCCUCAAACAAUCAGAGUGCGCAAAUCUCUGUAAUCACCUGAGUAUAGUUACUGAAAUACAGUGUGUAUUGAUAACUCCAUACAGAAGCUAGGCUGCUCCUCUCGUUUUCAGCAAAGCCAAAUAUAUAGUUUUUGUUUUUAAUUUUUUCAGUCCUAUGGCUACAAAUAUUGCAGUUACAGUAAAAGAACAGUGACCUACUAUUACAGGUGAAUAUGAUUUUAAAAAUUUAUGCUUACUAACACUUCUUUCUGUUACAGUUAAAACUUAUGGGUUACCGUAGGUCAGGUUGAAAUUAAAUGGUAAGGCGCACAUGAGCCAAAGGCCCCCAAAUGGUCGGAGCUUUGCCUAGGAGUGUUGGUACUCCUCCCUGGAUGGGAUAUUAGGGAGUUUAAGAUACUCCGACUACGGACUACGGCUAUGGAUAAACAUGCUACUGCGCAUGAUCAAAACCACGUGACUGUUCAUUUUUCCCGCGUAGUCCUGCGGCUACGUUGAGUUGUUGAGCUGUUUCGUGUAGUCGGGACUACGGAGAACAUUUUGCUCGUAUUUUGCCGUCUCGGUAAUUCAAGAAUCUCGUCUUUUCAUAAAAAAGGUUCAAUUUGCCUGCUUUAAGUGAGAGGGAAGCGAAAUAUGUAAGUUGUGUCUAAUUUCUGCUCCGAUUUACGCUUUUAAUCCACCGUUGUGACUACAUUUUUAUCUAGCUAAGCUCAUAUUUAAAGAAGCUUAGCUGUUUAUACGCAGAAUUCCGAUUGAUGGCUGAGGAGAAGAGAAAUCAUGCAGAUAAUUUACUUUCUCUUCACACUUGAAAAGUUUCAGUGUUUUUUCGAACUGAUUAGUGUGUCUUUCUACUUGUGUGACCUUUGUUUAUGCGAGUUUUUGUAUCGCAUUUGCUGAAUGAAAAUGAUGUCAACAUCUUCGAGACAAUCAAAACUGGGCAUUUCAAUACUUCAAACUACAUCAGAUCAGUAGUCGGAGAAGUCCAUCUUCUACAUCUUAUAAAUGAGCUAUUACUAUUUCUGUCUAUUUCUUUAAUAAUGUUACAUAAGUAUUCAUGGGCGAAAAAAAUAAAACCUGUGCAACCAAAACUUUGUUUACCAAUUUCACCCGAGCUACGGUGAUGGAACAAGGAGUAAAGUUGUAGGCGAAUCAACUUGUACGUGAAUCGACUUGUACGUAAUUGCUUCCUUCAAGUAUGGAAGAAUUUGUUCAUUGUUCUAAAGAUAAGAUCACAUGCAAAACUGACUUGCAUUUUUGUGAACUGUGGUGAAAACAAGAAAAUUUUUGCGUGUUGUUUCCCUCUCUGCCUCUUCUCUCGUAGUCUGCCUUCUGUAGUGGAAUCUUAACGUUUCAUAUUUGCACGACUCAACCCAGUGCUACAAACAAACGACAACGUAGUUCGCCGUAGUUCGUAGUCCGUAGUCUCCGUAUCUUAAACUCCCUAUUAGUCCAUCGCAAGGUUACCUCCCAGCAGUAUGCUGCUUGUUUACCCACCAGCUACUUUGGUUAGCCUGCCUACUGAAAAAUGGUGGCAUGAAGUAGGGGCCUAGUGUGUAUUGAAAAGUGUUUUUUUUUCUUUUUGCUAGCUGUUCAAGUAAUCAGUAUUGUUGUGGAGUUAGCAGCUGUUGUACCUAUGUGUAUGCACGCUGGUACCUCUGGUAAGUGACUUUAUUUACAUCAGAGAUGUUGCUUUGUUGUAAUUUAAUGUUCUUGUUUAAAGGUACUAAGGCAAGUUUAAAGCUUUGGUACUUAUCACAGUAAAGGAUUAUUUCUGCAAAGAAGGUGCUUCUGGCAGCCACUAUCAGUCCAACAAUUCUGCCGCUACCUGUUCGUAAUUUUUUUAAAAGUCUUUUAACACUUCUAUGAAAGAGGCUAUAAUACAUGAGUUCUCGUCAGGUGAUGAAAAUAGUUCAAAACUGCCUCAGAAACCUUACUCAUUGGAAACAUUGCACAGAAAAGCACAGAAAAAAGUUAAGAUUUUAUUUUAUGCAGUGGGAGAUUUGGUAAUCUAAGUGGGAGACCAAGAGAUUUUCUUAUUUCUGGCAUAUAUGCACGCAGUGAAGUAGUUUAUGACAAUGUUAGUCAAAGUUGAAUUUAAUUGGUAUCGCAUCUUACAAAAUAACAUAAAAUAGAUCACCAAAUUGGUGACUAAAUUUUUACUGUAGUGAUAGUUGUGAUAAUAUUUUUCUUCUAUAAAUUAUAUUACUCUCACCAUGGAGCAAUGUGCUCGAUGAUCCUGUUCGGCUUGGUUUGUCAAAGGAUGUUUUAACCUGGGAUUAAUUUUUUGAAGUUGGGUUCAUGUUCUUACAGACUGUUUUGUACUGCUCAGUCACUUUGGGUUAACAUAGCUGGACCUCUAAGCUGGAGACAAACAAUACUUGAUGAACUUCACUAAUUUACUCGCUUCUAGAUGAGAAAACUCCAUUUCAUACUGGAUUAACGUUAACUACCUUUCGAGAGCAACCAGGCCCAGAAAGUUAAUAAUUAAUUUCUGAACUCUUGCAGGUUUGUCAUCUCGGCAAUUUUUUUGUUUGUGUUUAUUCUCUGGUGGUACUAUCGCUAUCGUUAUCGUCCACGUCACAUCAUCGUUCGUCAAACCACAGGGGUAAUUACAUCAGGUGCCCCUGGGGUUAUUGCUGGCGGGGGUGUGAAUGUUGUGAGGGUAAACGCCCCUUACCCCACCUAUCCGCAUCCUGGUACAGUUACUGUUAUGCCUGGCAGCGGAAGUGUGCAUAACGCAGCAUAUCCUCCUCCUGCGUAUGGCCCUGUGCAGACUUAUCACCCUCCACCGCCAGCUUAUUCCAGUGUUGUGAAAACCAGUGCAACUGUCACUUCAACCACAAAUUGAUUAACACAUGCAAGAAAACCAGGGUUGUGAUAAGUCAGAAUAUAUGGAGCAGUUUGCAAUAAUUUUUUUAACUAUUUGAACAUGAAGUAGAAGUAAUUGAAAACAGGAAGUUAAGUUAAUCACUCAUGGUAAUCACACCAAGCACUUAAAUAUUAAGCUAAAACUAUGCAGUUUAAUUACUUCAAGCCUAAACUCAAUUCUGUAGUAAAGCCCUCUAAGAGAGUGCAUUUUGACAUAAUUUCUUGUGUUUAGGAGAAAAUGCUGAGUGAAUUCACAUACAAAGCCUAUACAAAAACUCUUUUCAACAAAUUCCUCUGUGUCCCUUACCUUCCAAACAAAGGGCGAGGUAAUUUUUGGGAAUUUUUUCAAGUCAGAUCAUAGUUGAAGUCGUAACUACCGCCCAGCGGUGAACGGAAAGCCUUAAAAAAUAUCAGGAUUGUACGGGAUUCUAACCCUAAUGACCUCCGCAUGCUGGUUAAUUACUCUCACCAUGAAUUGAGCUAACAUUGCCAACAGAGAGCUGGCCAGUUUAGUCAGUUAAUUGCCUGGGGGGGGGCUCAUUGUAAAAGGAUCCCGAGGAGGGUGAAGGUGAAAUUAUGAAUAUGUGACAUUCAAGCAGUCAGUAAUGUAAAGAACAGCAUCGCAUUUAUAGACAAAAGUUAUGUAGUUGUGAAAUUUGAAAGCCUGAAAGAAAUACAGGCUUGUACGGGAUUCACCGUUCAGGGGCACCCAACGACGGUUUCCUCCGACAUGGAUUGAAAAGUCUUCUUAGGCUAUCCAGAGUUUGACAGAAUACUUCUAGAUAUCUAGAAAUGUAUCUAAGCGGCGCUUUAAAAUUUGUAUCUGUUCAAUCAUCCUAGGGGAACUUGUGACUUUUUGAAGUUACAAGGCUUCAGUGUUAUUUUUCCAAAAAUUUUAGAUACAAUCGCAUGUUUUACGAAACUGAGAGUUUUUCUUAUUCUUCUCUCCAUCACAUUUUUAAAUUCGAAAAUUUUAGUUUUCCUUUUUCUAUGAAAAUAAGCCUUAUAAAAAGGAGUAAAAUCCUGGUAAAAUGUGAAAAAAUAAACUUCAGUAAAUCGUAGAGAAUUUUUUAGAUAAGCUUCAAGAAUUGUACCUGAAUGGAACGCUCACCUAGAAAUUAUUAGCCGUUUUUAAACAAUAGAAAAUUGUAGGCAAUACUUGCUUCUACUGCAAACAGAUAUGUUACAGAAAACAGUCGGUGGGUGCCCCUGAACGUUUACUCCGAUGCCAGUGCCUUGAGCUAACAAAACAACCGUGGGUUUGCAGAUUUAGAGUCACGUGACUACCCUAAAAUGUGAGUUUCAAGUUGAUAAUUUCUCAAAUAAAGAAAUGAGCAGAUAAAAGCAGUUCAAAAUAAUUGUUACGGAUCUUUUGUGUAGAUUUAUAGAAUGAAUAGCAAACCAAGAGUUAAGGGAAAAAUUGGUCACGUAAUUCUAAAAUGAUGUUUGCCGUAAACGCGAUGCUCCCUUUUUUAUUUACACUUCUCUCUAUAAAGUUCUUAUCUCUUAAGGAAAGGGCAAACAUGAUGAAGGUGGAGCGAUUAAAUUUAAUAACAUAACUUAAAAAACACAGAGAGUUCUCAACUGCUGCUGCUGCAUAUAGUUUUAUUUGUUGUCCCUAUCACAUUUUAAUUGUAGAGUUUUGAGCAUUAGAAUGGGACCAAUAGCUACAGCCAUGAGCAUCUGAAAGUAAUUUGUCUUUCUUCUUAGGUUUACGUUGUUUUGAUUAUAAAAAAGCUGCAGUAAAUUAUAACUUAAAAUCCGAAUGUAAGAAUUUAAAGAAAAAGAGGUUAAAAAACGGCAAGGUUGUUUUUAGAUUAUAUUUUAUAGCAAAUAAAAAAUGGGCUAAGAUUUUAGCACCAAUGUGUUCAAGGUUAAACGAAGCAUAGCGAAGGCAUAGUUUAUCGCAAUUAUUUUAUGGUUAAAUGGUUAACAAAGUUGUCUUUUAUGCGUUAUUAUAAAAUAUUGUUAGUUUAGAAUAUCUUAUGGUCUCCAUAUGUAUACAAGCUCAAACAAUGCUGUUUAUCGUUGAGUAAUCUAAUAACGUAUUCUUUUAGUGAUGACCACUUUGUUCAAGAGCGUACAAAGUUUGUAAGUUUGUAAAAAUAAAUUAAUUUUGCCAUGCA